AUAUAAGGCUUCUAAAGUUUCAUUCUCUCACAAGCCACGAUCACUUCAUCUCUCUCCUUCCCCUUUGUGUCUUAAGCUCAAACUUUCAUUUUGAAUAUACCCACCAACGCUAGCUAGCUCGCCUUGCCUCGCCAGUUUCUAGUUUUUGCAUGGAGUUGUAGGAGCCCUACCUUCACCUUGCAUAGCCCAUUAAUUUCUAAAGGGCUCCUUCCAACUCCAAGAAUCCUUAAUUUUCUCCCUUUGAAGCUUUGAAGUUAUUUGCUGGUAUAAUUUUGGUGGAAGAUGGGAGAAAUGUCAAGCUUCCAGUUGGGUGUUAUUGGUGCACUGUUUCUUUCAGUGGCGUCAUCUGUUUCCAUUGUCAUAUGCAACAAAGCUUUGAUGAGCAAUCUUGGCUUUCCUUUUGCUACAACUCUCACUAGUUGGCACCUCAUGGUAACUUUCUUCUCACUUCACUGUGCUCAUCGUUUCAACAUGUUUGAGUCCAAGUCCAUUGACAUGAAGACUGUGAUACUCUUUGGCAUUCUCAAUGGUGUUUCUAUUGGACUGCUCAACCUCAGCCUGGGAUUCAAUUCCAUUGGAUUCUAUCAGAUGACCAAACUUGCAAUCAUACCCUUCACUGUUCUACUGGAAACACUUUUCCUGAAAAAACAAUUUAGCCAGAAGAUUAAAUUUUCUCUCUUCCUUUUGCUUGUUGGAGUUGGCAUUGCCUCAGUGACAGAUCUCCAACUCAAUUUUGUUGGGACAAUUCUCUCUAUGCUAGCAAUUGUAACAACAUGUGUUGGCCAAAUUCUGACAAAUACAAUUCAAAAGAGGCUCAAUGUGUCUUCAACUCAGCUGCUUUAUCAGUCUGCUCCAUUUCAGGCUGCUGUUCUUUUUGUCUCAGGCCCUUUGGUUGAUCAAUUCCUCACCAAAAAGAAUGUUUUUGCUUACAAAUACUCUUCAAUAGUCUUGGCUUUCAUCAUCCUCUCAUGCCUUAUAUCAGUGGCUGUGAACUUCAGCACAUUCAUGGUGAUAGGGAAGACAUCACCAGUUACAUAUCAAGUUCUUGGCCACCUCAAGACUUGCCUUGUUCUUGCUUUUGGCUAUACACUUUUGCAUGAUCCUUUCACUGUCAGAAAUAUCAUUGGAAUUCUUGUUGCCAUCUUUGGUAUGGGCUUGUACUCUUAUUUCUGCACCCAAGAGAACAAGAAGAAACAGUCUGUUGACCUUUCAUUGGGACCUCAGAUGAAGGAGAAGGAUAGCACACCACUCAUAGCAGUGCAAGACAAAGAAAGCCAUGAAGCAAAGAAAUCUCUUGUUUAAGUAAAGAAUAUAUAGGCUUUUUUUUUUUUUUUUUGUUAUGCAAAGGUUCUAUGUAUCAAGUUUUUGUUUGGUCUAAAGACAUUUUGCUGGUUGUAAUUAAAUGAUUUUCAUUCUUUCAAUAACCCAUCUUUCUACUUUUAUUUUCCUAUUCA